AUGACUUUGGAUGCGGAGGGAAACAGUUCUGUUACUUUGGACUUUACCAGUGGAGACCAGAGUGAUGUGUCGCAAGAUGUCGCAAGUAAUCUAACGGAACCUCCCGGAGAUGCUCCUCUCGCCUUCCAGCCUAUGGUCGCGGCCUAUGUCGUCCCAGUCCUGUUCGGAAUCAUAUUUGUUGUCGGUGUGGUAGGUAAUGGGACAUUAAUAUUUGCAGUGAUUCGUAAUAAGAAAAUGCGAAAUGUGCCAAAUAUUUACAUUUUAUCUCUGGCUAUCGGCGAUCUGCUACUCAUUUUGACAUCUGUACCCAUUUCGGCUACACUGUACAGUUUUACAAUAUGGCCUUUUGGAGAGCCGUUUUGUCAGUUUAACCACUUCAUGCAGACUCUUUCUCUGGGGGUAUCCGUGUUUACCUUGACAGCCUUGAGUGGUGAUCGCUACACAGUUAUUGUUAACCCCAUGAGUAAGCACACUGGCAACCCCACCUUCAGAACGUUUGCUGUGGCCAUUGGGAUAUGGGUAAUUUCAGCUAUUCUCGCCAUACCGGACCUGUUGUCAUCGGAAGUGUACAGACACCAAGAGAAAAACAAUACAAGGGCGCCGUUUAUUCCAAUUUGUGACCUAUACCGAAAAGACUGGCCGAUUUGGUAUCCUAAAUUCCACGUCAUGUUCCGAUUUUGUGUGUAUUUCGCCAUACCUGUGGUUAUCAUUGGAUUCUUCUACGUGAUGAUGGCACACAUGUUGCUACUUAGCGGGAACACCAUUCCUGGAGAUGGUGAUAUGAAACAGCACAAGCAGAGACAGAUUGAAGCCAGGGAAAAGGUGGCCAAGGUUGUUCUAUCAUUUGUGGUCAUAUUCGUCAUAUGUUGGUUUCCUCGACAUAUCUACCUUAUCUGGUAUCACUACGACCCAUCUGGCUUUAAUACAUUUUGGCAUGUUUUUAAGAUAACUGCUUACUGUUUCUGCUUCAUCAAUUCAUGUGUUAACCCCAUGGCUUUGUAUUUUCUAAGCCGACAAUUCCGACGUCUCUAUAACAACUACCUGUUUUGUCUGUGCAUACAAGAUCAGUACUCGAGGAUGGACCAGUCUACCAUGCACAAGUUCAGCAGCACUGUACGAAGAACCAGUACCAGUAUGACUAUAGUUCAGUCCCAGUCCAUGUGCUGA